CGUUCAGACCUGCUCUGCUUUGCCUGUGCCACAUAAACCUUCUGGCUUUCCCUGCAAACGUUCAGCGGCGAGUCAGAAGCACUUCCUUUCUGCUUUUGCCUUGUCAGUAGGGCAGUUCAGCAAACACCCACCUUGUGUGAGCGUUGGUGAAAAUGGGGGAUACACGAGACAUCUGUCCUCACCUGGAUUCCAUAGGAGAGGUGACCAGGGAUGACCUGCUGCUCAAAUCCAAGGGAACUUGCCAGUCUUGUGGAGCUGUGGGACCAAACCUCUGGGCUUGUCUUCAGACUGGUUGUCCUUAUGUUGGUUGUGGGGAGUCCUUUGCUGACCACAGCACACUUCAUGCACAGGCCAAGAAGCACAACCUGACUGUGAACCUGACCACGUUCCGUGUGUGGUGCUACGCCUGUGAGAGGGAGGUGUUCCUGGAGCAGAGGCUGGCAGCACACCCGCCCUCCCCCCCGGCCAAGUUCCCUGAACCGGAUUCUCCUUUGCCUGCUCACCCUCUGAAAGCUGUUCCAAUUGCAGUGGCUGAUGAGGGCGAAUCUGAAUCAGAGGAUGAUGAUUUGAAACCAAGAGGCCUUACUGGAAUGAAAAAUCUUGGGAACUCCUGCUACAUGAAUGCAGCACUUCAGGCUCUCUCUAACUGCCCACCUCUCACACAGUUUUUCCUGGAAUGUGGUGGACUGGUCCGUACAGAUAAGAAACCUGCACUGUGCAAAAGUUACCAGAAGUUGGUGUCUGAGGUUUGGCACAAGAAACGCCCGAGUUAUGUUGUUCCAAGCAGUCUAUCCCAUGGAAUUAAACUGGUCAACCCCAUGUUCCGAGGCUAUGCACAGCAGGACACUCAGGAGUUCCUGCGGUGCCUGAUGGAUCAGCUCCACGAAGAACUGAAGGAACCAGUUGUUGCAGAGACGAGGGAUUUGGAUACCAUUGAGCAGGAGGACAAGCGGGAGGGGGACCGGAGCCCCUCGGAGGAUGAGUUCCUGUCCUGUGACUCCAGCAGUGACAGGGGUGAAGGGGAGGGACAAAGUCGGACCACAGGGAGCAUGGGGAGUGGCUCCCUGGCAGAGACAGAGCUGCUGAUCCAGGAUGAAGCAGGGAGAGGGAUCUCUGAGAAAGAAAGGAUGAAGGACAGGAAGUUCUCCUGUGGCCACCGGCGCAGCAACUCGGAGCAGGUGGAUGAGGAUGCAGAUGUUGACACUACUAUGAUGCCAGUUGAUGGCAGAGCCUCACCUGAGAUGCUGCCAGCUCCCCGUCCUGCCAGCCCCUGUAGGACACCAGUAGAGCCUGACAAUGAUGCCUACGUGCGCUGCUCCUCACGCCCCUGCAGUCCCGUUCAUCAUGAGAUGCACUCCAAGCUCUCCAGCAGCCCUCCUCGCUCCAGUCCUGCCAGGAUUGGACCUUCCUAUGUCCUCAAGAAAGCCCAGAUGCAGGCUUCUGGGAAAAAGAAGAAGGAACUCCGUUACCGCAGUGUGAUUUCCGACAUCUUCGACGGCUCCAUCCUCAGCCUGGUGCAGUGCCUCACGUGUGACAGGGUUUCUACAACAGUGGAGACAUUCCAGGACCUGUCACUCCCAAUCCCAGGGAAGGAGGACUUGGCCAAGCUGCACUCUGCCAUCUACCAAAACGUGCCAGCUAAGACAGGGGCAUGUGGGGACAACUAUGCCUCACAAGGCUGGAUUGCUUUCAUCAUGGAGUAUAUCCGGAGGUUUGUGGUGUCCUGUAUCCCUAGCUGGUUUUGGGGUCCCGUGGUGACACUGGAGGAUUGCCUUGCUGCCUUUUUUGCAGCAGAUGAGUUGAAGGGGGACAACAUGUACAGUUGUGAACGGUGUAAGAAGCUGCGGAAUGGAGUGAAGUACUGCAAAGUCCUCCGGCUCCCAGAGAUUCUCUGCAUCCACUUGAAACGGUUCCGGCACGAGGUGAUGUAUUCCUUCAAGAUCAACAGCCAUGUCUCCUUCCCCUUGGAAGGGCUGGAUCUGCGACCCUUCCUGGCCAAGGAGUGUGUCUCCCAGAUCACCACCUACGACCUCCUGUCAGUCAUCUGCCACCACGGCACAGCAGGCAGUGGCCAUUACAUUGCCUACUGCCAGAACGUGAUCAAUGGCCAGUGGUACGAGUUCGACGACCAGUACGUCACCGAGGUGCACGAGACCGUGGUGCAAAAUGCAGAAGCCUAUGUCCUGUUCUACAGGAAGAGCAGUGAAGAAGCUGUGCGAGAGCGCCAGAAGGUCGUGUCCCUGGCCAGCAUGAAGGAGCACAGUUUGCUCCAGUUCUACAUCUCUCGAGAGUGGCUCAAUAAAUUCAACACCUUUGCUGAGCCUGGGCCCAUCACCAACCACACCUUUCUGUGCUCCCAUGGAGGGAUCCCUCCUAAUAAAUACCAUUACAUCGAUGAUCUGGUUGUGAUUCUGCCCCAAAACGUGUGGGAAUAUCUCUACAACAGGUUUGGGGGUGGCCCUGCUGUGAACCAUCUGUAUGUGUGCUCCAUUUGCCAAGUGGAGAUCGAAGCGCUCGCCAAGCGCAGGAGGAUCGAAAUCGACACCUUCAUCAAGCUGAACAAGGCUUUCCAGGCAGAGGAGUCUCCAAGUGUCAUCUACUGUAUCAGCAUGCAGUGGUUCCGGGAGUGGGAAGCCUUUGUCAAGGGCAAGGAUAAUGAGCCUCCUGGACCCAUUGACAACACCAAGAUUGCCCUCACAAAACCAGGUGGCCACGUGCAAGUCAAGCAGGGCGCUGACUACGGGCAGAUUUCCGAGGAGACGUGGGUUUAUCUGAGCACACUGUAUGGAGGGGGCCCCGAGAUUGCCAUCAGACAGAACGUGGCCCAGGUCCAAGAGCUGGAGAACCACCACGGGGAGCAGAAGAUCGAAGCGGAGACGCGCGCGGUGUGACCUGUGUGGGACGGGGCAGGGAAGGCACAGACACCUCUGUGUGGGGGUGGAGGGCUGGGGAGUCCUGAGGGGUCAAACCUCUUCUUGUCUGGUACUCGAAGGUGUGUGCAGCUCCCCCCAAACUCCUGGGGCAGGCAGGCUUCCUCCUCAUCCUUUCAACGCGGCUUUGAGCACAGGGUGGUGCUGGGAUGGACUGGGAGAAGGCUCUAACUCGCCUCUGGAUGAAGCCAUGGUACGAGGCUGCAGCCACACCUCCCGAGGGUUGUCCUGACCCGAGCCCUCCCCCUUGCCUUUGCUUACAAGAAGCCAGCACUCCCAGCUUGUCCCCAGUGCACCGAUCUCUGCUCCUGUGCAGGUUUUGCUUUUGGCACUUUUCUUUUUAACUCAAAUGUAUGAAGACAAUGAAAUGUUAUUAUUUAUGUUUCCAGCGGGCAGUGUUGCAAGUAGAGAAACCUGUUGUUUGAGGCUGAGGAAAGCCACAGUCUCCCUGGGGUUUUGUGCUGGUGGUGCACAGCUGUCACAACUUCCUAGUUUUUGCUCUUUAUCAAAUUCUUGCAAAUUCGGUUGCAACCAACUAAGAAAUUUGGAAAGAGGCUGUUCCUUUCUCCUCUCGCUCCCAAAACCUCACCUUCAUGGUCCUGCAGAAUUCUAUUUUCUCCUUCUGUCUGAUUUCACCUGUUCAGCACAGUUUCAGAGAACAGAGCUGGAAGGUGAGUCUUCCUUCCCACUGCCCUCUUCCUGCUGAAGCUCCUGGCACUGUGGAGCUGUGGGCUGGAGCCUCUGGGGGUGCAGCUCAGGGGGUGGUACCUGGAAGGCUGGGCUGGGCACAGCACAGCUCUCAUGCAGAUUUUGGAACUCCUUGCUUCUAACCCGGUUCUCAGACUGACCCUGCCAUAAGCUGUGUCUCCACAUCUGUCACGACAAGCAGAGGGGUGGGAAGGCUGAGGAAGGGCUCCUCUGUUCCCACAGAGCCCAUUCUGAGGGGUCACCCUUGGCUGGGCAGGGCCCAGGCUGGGGAAGCAGCUUUUUAGGACUGAGCUGCUUCCUGCUAAGGAGCCCCCACCUGUGUGCUGAGGUCAUUCCAGAUGUCCUUUGUGUAUACAGUGGCUCACUUAAUGAAUUGCUCCCCAUCUAUUGCCACCAGUACAGCCAAGGAGCAGCUGAUGGAGGCAGUGGAGACAGGAAUGAAGGCAAAAAAGGCCAAACUCCACUUUUCGCAGCAGAGCUACUCUUAAAAAGAUUUUCAUUCAUCUUGUAAGGCAGAAAGGCAAGAGUUAAAUAUUUGCAAGGCUUUGAGUGAGGUUUAGUGGAGGCAGAGAAGGAAGAGGUGCCUCCCAUGGCCUGAGGAACAAAACUGUGUUUUUGUGGUGCUGGAUGAUUGCACAGCAUCCAGUCUGGCCUUAGUGGUGCCAGACUCCAUGUGGGGCUGGGACCUCCCAAGCUCCUCACCUGAAAAAGAGAGGGGAGGGAGGGGGAGGGAAAGGCUGCUCCUUGACUUAGAGAUAGAAGGGGGUAGGACAGGAGAACUUCAGAAGAAAAAUGUGGCCUUCAGAUUAUUUAUUCCUUUUUUUUUUAGAUCAAAUGUUUGCUGCAAACAGCAGCUUCUUUACAAACUGUCUGUAAACGGUUCAGCAUGUUAAUUUUACAGUCCUGUUUAUGGGAUGCUUGUAUAGACCCAGACAGGCCCGAGGGGGAGGUCAGAGAAUGAGCCACUGUUGGGAUUCUCAUUGUUCCAAGCUGUCUUUUGUCCCCCACUGCAGCAGCCCUGGGAUCUGCUGCAGAGCCUGCAGGGCUGCAUGUCCGUGUUGUCCGUGCGUCCGGAGGGUGCUGUACAGACUGUAAGACACUCCUGUGCUUAAGUGUUAGACCUUGUGCUGAAAAUGUGGUACAAUAAAUACAUGUGCAUUCAACA